AUGCAAAGACAAAACUUAAAUGUGCCAAAAGACGGUACCGGUAUAUACAGUGAAAGUGACAGCAGUUGUAAUUCUAGAAUCAGUGAAUCCACUUCUUUGUCAGGUGCAACAGUUGCGUCCAUGAACAAAAAGCUUAAAGCAAAAAGAAAACAUUCUAAUGUGCUUGCUGCAAAAAAAAGAAACCACUCAGCCAAUGAUGCACGUGAAAACAUGACAAAGAAUAGUAGAAAUAACACUGAAAAAUCAUAUUCUACAAAAGAGAAUGGAAUGCCAGAGGGUUUAAAAUUUGAUGCAUUUUUACCACCUUCUCAAAACCUACCAGCUAACUCACCACACAUUGACAUACCAGAAACCCACCAACUAAAGGUUGCAGUUUUCACACAGAUGAAGAGGAUGAUGAUGUUGUUCAACAAACCCCUGACAUCCAGAUUUCAAACAAUGAGAAUGAUUUUGACAAUGAAACAACACGCAGUGAAGAACUUCAUCAGCAAAAAUCAUCUAGGGAAAAUAUGAAAAAGUUUCAUAAAUCACUAAAAUUUCAGAUUUAUCAAUGCGGUGUGUGCCAUGAAGCUUGGCCUUUGAAAACAAAGCCCAAAAAUACUGUCAGUUACACUUGUUCUCGUUGUCUGCGUGACAAGAAUAUUCCAAAAAAAUUUUCAACUGAGAACUCUAUGAUACCUUUCCCCGUUCCAAAAGAGUUACAAGGCUUAACUCAGUUUGAAGAGAUGCUUAUUGCAAGAGCAUUUCCUGUGAUGCGUGUAUAUACAAAACCAAGAGGUUAUUACCUUGCCACAGGAUGUACAACAGCUUGCAGAUAUUCUGCCCAGGUGCCCUAG